CAUUCCACAUAAGCAGAGAGUAAGCUGAUCAGUCUGUAAAUACAGUUGCGUCUCUCUGCGUUUUAGAGAGAGAGAGAGAGAGAUGCUUAGGAUUUUGGCGAAGAGAGGAGCUUUAGGUUCAUGGAGGUCAGUGAGCGCAGUACAGAUAAGGAGGGAUUACAGCCUCGGAGUGCUUCCUGAUGGAGUUGAUCGGAAUUCCGAGGCUUUUUCUCGGAAUUCUAAGGACAUGGGUCUCUUAAUCUCCGACCUCCAAUCCCACAUCCAAAAGGUUCUCGCUGGAGGAGGAGCUGCAGCUGUGAAGAGAAACAAGAGCAGGAAUAAGCUCCUUCCUCGAGAACGCAUUGAUCGCUUGCUUGAUCCUGGUGCUUCCUUCCUUGAGCUUUCUCAGCUUGCAGGGCAUGAACUAUAUGAAGACACAUUACCAUCUGGUGGGAUAAUUACUGGAAUUGGUCCUGUCCAUGGGAGGCUUUGUAUGUUUGUGGCUAAUGAUCCUACUGUUAAGGGUGGGACUUAUUAUCCCAUCACUGUUAAGAAACACCUCAGGGCGCAAGAAAUUGCCGCUCGAUGCAAGUUACCUUGUGUGUAUCUUGUUGAUAGCGGAGGGGCUUUUCUUCCCAAACAGGCGGAGGUCUUUCCUGACAGGGAGAAUUUUGGUAGAAUCUUCUACAAUCAAGCUUUAAUGUCAGCUGAAGGCAUUCCUCAGAUUGCGCUGGUAUUGGGCUCUUGCACUGCCGGUGGUGCCUAUAUUCCUGCAAUGGCUGAUGAAAGUGUGAUGGUUAAGGGAAAUGGUACUAUAUUUCUGGCAGGACCCCCACUUGUGAAGGCUGCCACUGGAGAAGAAGUAUCGGCAGAGGAUUUGGGGGGUGCUAGUGUGCAUUGCAAGACUUCGGGAGUGUCAGAUUAUUUUGCUCAAGAUGAACUCCAUGGACUUACUCUUGGGAGGAAUAUUAUUAAGAACUUGCACAUGGCUGGGAAACAGGGUUUGAAAAGCGAAUUCCGGAGCAUAAGUUCCGAAUAUAAGGAACCAUUAUUUGAUAUAAAGGAACUUCGUUCCAUUGCACCAACAGAUCAUAAGCAACAGUUUGAUAUUCGUUCAGUUAUUGCUCGCAUUGUUGACGGAAGCGAAUUUGAUGAAUUCAAGAAAUUGUAUGGCACUACUCUUGUGACAGGUUUUGCUAGAAUCUUCGGACAGCCUGUUGGAAUUAUUGGAAACAAUGGGAUAUUAUUUAAUGAAUCUGCUCUAAAAGGGGCCCACUUCAUUGAAUUAUGUACUCAACGAAAUAUUCCUUUGGUCUUCCUUCAGAACAUCACCGGAUUUAUGGUUGGCUCGAGAUCUGAAGCAAAUGGAAUAGCAAAAUCUGGAGCAAAAAUGGUGAUGGCAGUUUCUUGUGCCAAGGUCCCCAAAGUUACUAUUAUAAUUGGUGGAAGCUUUGGCGCUGGCAAUUAUGCAAUGUGCGGUCGUGCUUAUAGUCCCGAUUUCAUGUUCCUUUGGCCGAAUGCCAAAAUAUCUGUGAUGGGUGGUGCUCAGGCGGCUGGUGUCCUUGCUCAGAUAGAAAGAAGCAACAAGAAAAAACAAGGAAUUGAGUGGGACAAGGAGGAAGAGGAAAAGUUCAAGGCAAAGGUAGUUGAGGCAUAUGAGAAAGAAGGAAACUCUUAUUACUCUACAGCAAGGCUCUGGGAUGAUGGGAUUAUUGAUCCAGCUGACACCAGACAAGUCAUAGGACUCUCCAUCUCUGCCUCUAUGAACCGUGACCCAGAAGAAACCAAGUUUGGUGUAUUCCGAAUGUAAUGUAAUAAUAGAUACAUGUCUAUAAAGGAGACCGUUAGCAGCCACAAUGCUAAUACUAGUUCAUUCAAGGGCUAAAUAAAAUCUUCUAACAAAUAACUCAACCA